AUGGAGGCUCAUGAAUUGAGCGACCAGGAAGAUUUGGAGAAAAAAGCAAAAUACAAGCGAUUGAUGCAUCUGUUGAAUCAAAGUCAUUUCUACGCAAAAUUCUUAUCGCAGAAAAUUGAAGCUUCCAACAUGAAAGAGGCCCAGAGGAAAGAGGCUAUGAAAAAAGCAGAAGAAAAGAAAACAAGUCUCCAGUCACGCAGUUUAAAAGAGCUAAAUAACAGUCCUUCACAGAAAACAACACCAACAAGGAGAGGUUCAAAGAAAAGACAACUUAUAACUGAUUUCAUUGAUACUAAGACUAUUCAAAGUGCCAAGAAGAGAAGGAUUGAGAAAGAUAACAUUUUAAAGCCUGUCGAACUGCCAGAAGUGACAUCCGGAUUUCGCAUCAACUCUAUGGGACUGGAAGUUCCUGAUAACCAGCCUGAACUGUUUGAAGGAGGGGUGCUGAGACAGUACCAGUUGCAGGGAUUGGAAUGGAUGAAGACACUUUUUGAAAAUGGAAUAAACGGAAUUUUAGCUGAUGAAAUGGGCUUAGGUAAGACUGUCCAAGUGAUAGCUCUGAUAUGCCACUUGGUUGAGUGUGGCAUCACUGGACCCUUCCUCAUCGUGGCUCCUUUAUCUACUCUCCCCAACUGGGUGAUGGAGUUCGAGAGAUUCGCCCCUCAGCUUCCAGUUGUUCUAUUUCAUGGAUCUAAGUAUGAGCGCCCCUUAAUGUACAAAAAACUGAGAACUAAGGUAAAAAUCAACGGAAUGUCCAUAGCCCCCAUUAUACUUACUUCGUACCAAGUGCCUCUCAAGGAAAAUAAAUUCAUGUCUACAUUCAGCUGGAGAUACAUCAUCGUGGACGAAGGUCAUGCUUUGAAAAACGCAAACACCCAACUUUCCAGAUGCCUGAGAGGGUUCAGGUCGGUAAACCGCCUGCUGUUGACUGGUACACCGCUCCAGAACAACCUCAAGGAGCUGUGGGCACUUCUCAACUUCCUGCUGCCUGAGGUGUUUGACGACCUGGCUGCGUUCCAGGCUCUGUUUGAUAUCGAGGCUGUCACGUCCACAGAGACGGGUCAGUCCAUCCUACAGAAAGAGGCGGAAAUGAACAUCCUCUCCACCCUCCAUCAGAUGUUGACACCGUUUUUGUUACGACGACUGAAGACCGAUGUGGAGCUCAAUUUGCCACCAAAGAAGGAAGUCUUGGUAUUUUGCCCCAUGACUGACCUACAGAUGGAGUUGUACAGAGCCACUAUUGACGGUGUCAUUGAGUGUCUACUCAAGUCAGAGAAUAAAAAAGAAGAAGCUAUUGAAAAUCCUGAUGGGACGAAAAAGAAGAGGAAAUGUGCUGAGAAAAAAAGAGAUUAUAGUUUUAAAGAUUUUGAUUGGUUCGGUGAGAAACCUUCUCCAAAAGAAGAACAGCCCCCCACUCCUGUGGUGGAGGACAGUGGUGUGGUGACGAUGUUGCGUAUGGCCAAUCCGGAGAUGCAGCUGCGGAAAAUCGCCAACCACCCGUAUUUGGUGCAGAUGCCAGUGGAGGUUGUGGACGGGCAGAAACUGAUGGUCAGCAGCGAGGACAUUGUUACCAACAGCGGCAAGAUGCUGACACUGAGUGCCAUGCUCCUCAAACUGCGUGAGCGUGGCCACAAGGUGUUGAUCUUCUCAUUUUUCAAAGUCAUGCUGAACCUGAUUGAAGAGUUUGCGAUAAUGCGCAAAUAUCCGUACGUUCGGCUCGACGGAGACGAUGGAAUUGAGGAGCGGAAGGCAAACAUCAGAACGUUCAACACUGAUCCUGACAUGUUUUUGUUCUUGAUCACUACAAGAGCAGGAGGUCUAGGCCUGAACCUUACUUCUGCCGAUACAGUCAUCAUAUUUGACAGCGACUAUAAUCCUCAAGUCGACCUGCAAGCAAUGGACAGGUGCCACCGCAUCGGCCAGAAGAAACCAGUCAUGGUGUAUCGUUUUCUCAGCAAGGGAACUGUGGAUGAAAAAAUUCUGAACAGUGCAACUGGAAAACGGAAGUUGGAGAAAGUUGUCAUCAAAAAAGGAUUGUUCAAAUUGAAUACUGUCAGCAAAAAGGCCCUAAAUGACCUUGAAGAGUUAAAACAGCUGUUGGAGAGCGCAGAUCAUCACAAAACUGUGCAGUCCAACGGACUGGUGAUGACUGAUGAAGAACUAGAGGAGCUACUGGAUCGCAGUGAAACAGCCGAGAAUGAAGGUUCACGUUUCAAAAUCAUCAAAUCAGAAGCAGCGACUAAUUAAAUAAGUGAUCCUAGUUCAUUAUUUGGCUGUUAUAAAUGUGUACAGAACGUUUUUAGAAAAGGAUUUAUAUUGUACCUGAAAAUUGAGGCACCAAAACUAGUUUCGGUGUGUAAUAAGUAUGAAUGUUGUGUUGUUAAACGCUUGCGUACAAUGUGUAUUUUUUAUCUGAUGACCAAGUCACGUAAAAUAGGUUUUUACUUGUUAUAAUCUAAAUUUUAGUUUGACCUCAAUAUGUAUCGCUAACUUAUUUAAAUACUUUGAACUGUUUAUGUUAUAAAACACAAUAAAAUGUUUACCUUUAUAAAAUGGAUUCUAAAUAAAUUAUUCUACGAUGUCUGUUUUUUGACGUAUACUGUUUAUUUUAGGAUAUUGAAUGUCACCAACAUACAUGAUCAUGUGAUAUGUAACAUAGUUCUGAUAGUAUGUCUAGUACAUUAAUAUGACUUGUUAUUAUGUCCCUGCACGUGGCGUUAAUUGCCCAAUAAUUAAGUUUGGAUAAUUCAUUUAGUGUCUAUAAAGAGAAAAUUACCUGGACUAGAUUCAGUUGAACUUCAUUAGGACCACAUUCAUGUAUAUAACCUGUUCAAGAGUUUCAGGUGUCUAAUAAAUAUUUCAUAUAUUAAGUGAAACGACGUUAAAAUAAAAAUGUUGUAUUGUAUACCUAAGAACCUAUUCUUGAGAUCCUCAUUUCUCAAAAAUGUACACCAUUUUAUAAUAAAUAUUUUUAUUCAUUCUUAAUCUUCUUAAAGGAGUUCUGUGUUUUUCCUUAUUCUGGAUUAAAUAUAUAAAAUUGAUAAACCCAAGGUUUUUUUUUUCAAUUAAAAAUAAAUUUAAAUACAAUUUUUAAAACAAUCUAAUGUGUGUGUAUUUAUAUAAUUGAAAUACAUUAUUUUAUUUGAGUAGAGUUUAAGUUAUACUAUUUGAACUAAUUUAGUUUGAAUCUGCUUUGAUUGAUUCUUUAGAUUUAAAUUAAAGAAAAACAUCACUUGGUUUUAAUUUAAUCUGAAUGUUUCGUUGUAUUUUCUUGUUUUCAUUUUGUUUUUCUUGGGCUAUUUACCUUUAUUAUGUUUAAGUUAUGCCUUAAACUGAACAAAAAUAAGUAUCUACACUAUUUAAAAAUAACUGUAUUUGUUUUUGCAAUUUUGUUCUCAUAAUGAUGUGUAAUAAAUUAUUAUUAACAGUUAUAUUAUAUUGCACUUUGUCUUGUAGUACUUGUUUUUUUAUAAAUAGUUAUUCUCAUCGUAUCUGGAGAAUUGCGUGCUCAAUUUGCAAAACUUUUCUAUAAUGAAAUUUGACAAUAAAUUAAUACUAAGUUUAAAAUGAAACAUUUGAGUCGAUCCUUAGAAUUUGAAGAUUUUCGAGGAUAGAAUUUUAAAAGUAUAUAAUGUUAAAAGCAAUGUCAACAAAGAAAAGUGUUUAACACACUGACAAACGAUCGGGUAGAAAACAUGUUUGAGAAGAAAAACAUGACAGAGAAACACUGUGGGCUUGUAAAUAAGUAAUUUUCUGUAUUAUUUUCAAGGCGAUAUUAUUAUGGGUUCAAACUGGUUGUUAGGUCAAAAAUUUCAACUUAUUACGUAAACUAAGGCAAAAUUCUACUUUUCUCAACAUGUUUUAACUUCCUCCUACUCUUUUGAAGGUCAUACCAGAAGAGCUAUGUUAAACAUUUUGUAUUUAUUAUUGAAUUGCUCUAAAAACAUUUGUUUUUGUAAAUGAAUAUUGGAUUAUGAAUAUGUAUUUAUUUAUUUUAAUGUGGUUAUAGAUAUAUUUACAUUCUUUUAAACUAAAAGUCCAUACAACAAAUAUCCAAAUCUGGAAAUAAUUUUCCCCACGACUAAUUGAACAGGUCAUUUUUGAGGCGUUAUAUUUAUUUCCAUGUAUAUUUAAAUAUUAUAGAUUAAUAUAUUCCAUUGAUUUAACCUUGUGAUUUGUUCUCAUUCUGUAUUUGUAUUGAAUAAUUUUUUUUCAAUACUCAGAAUGUUAUUAAUUUUAUUGCAAAGAAAGUACAGCUGGAAAAGUUUGUGGCAUGUACUGUAAAGACCCUCAUACCUCAAUGUUAUGUUUGUUAUCAAACCUAAAAAUCAUUAUUUUAAGACAAUUGUUUGCUCACUUUCAACUAAAAAUAUUCUUAGUAUUAUAAUUAAGAACCGUAAUUUAUACAGUGUUAUUUAUUGUUUCUUGUGAUUUUGUUUGCAUUUUGUAAUAAAUACUUGUUUUGUA